CAACUAAAAUACGAGAACCGCCUACAUACAGCGACAUCAAAUGCGAUGUUUUAUUUUUUUUAUUGAUGUUACCUGGUUGCUUUAACAUACACUUAUAUAAUAGAAUUGCUUAGACAAGACAACCAUCACCUCGACGUGUUUAUAAUGCUGUCAUAUAUCGCAACAUACUGCGGUUUGAUUUUGGUGUCGAUGUCAUUUUGUGUCUACUCACAAGAAUGCAGAUACAGCAUAUCAAGUGCAUGCAGUAAUUGCCUUCCGAAUAGAAUGUGUAGAGGCUUGUGUAAUUCGUGUCACACACAACCUGAUUUAACACUCAACAUGACAGCUUGUUUGCGGUGCAAGGAUUUGUUCUGCUCAAAUUGUGAAAGAUAUUGGCAUGAUAGUUUUUCAGGAGAUUGUGGGACCUGCAGGCGUUCGUUUUGCUCAACUAUAAAUGACCAAUGUAAAAAUGGAAAUUUCACUACGAUAUAUACAGAACCGCCACGCGUUACUAAAUUGAGUGAAAUUGCUACAUCUGGAUUCACGGAUGACAAACAUGGUCUAGAUAGUACUACCAAACAAUUCGUGGAACCAAGGAACACAGAUAAAGGAGAAGUAACAUAUGAAGAAAGGACGACUACCCCAAACACUGCAGGACCAUUGCAUUUUACUACAUUCAUUAAAAUCAGUUCUUCUAAAUUCACUGAAGACGAAUAUAAGACUACUAAAAACAAGACUACACCAGUCACUGCUGGCAAAAUGGGACAACAGAAUGAAGGAGGGGAGUCUUUAGUGAAAGCUGCAGUAGGAUCAGUUGUAUCUGUGUUUAUAAUUAUUGCCAUAGCAAUAAUCAUUUUGUAUUUUAUAAAAAAGAAAGCAAAGCAUGGGUCUUCUAAACCACAGUCAGCGUCACAUGAAAUGAGAAAUAGUAUCUAUAUGACCAAUGCAAGUACGUAG